GACAAAAUUUACCGUGCAUUCCGCCAGAAGACAAAACAGGGCUGGACCCGCUAAGAACUUGGGGAAAAAAAGAAUUUAGGAAAAUAAAUUUAAAGUAAAAGUAACUUUAUCAGAAAUAAAGAAAAGGACUAAAUUUUAAAAAAUAAGAAACGAAUUCCCCAAGAUUCACUUUAAGGCAAAAACAUAACUUACUAAGAAACGUCUAUUAAACGAAAGAAACAAGGUAAAACGAAACAAAAAUAAAGAAAAUGGCAGCAACAAGAACCGGAAUGCUUUUGAAAGUAAUGCAACCAAACGUUGUGAGCAGAGUGGUGUCAACUUCAUCAUCACAGAAAUCAUCAAACACAAUCGCUCUAGACCGAACUGUCGCAUCAACAUGUCCCUUCCAUAAAACAAUUCAAACAGUAGACGAGGCAAUGCUUCCCUGGAGAAACCAAAUAGAUGAGCCUAUACAUGUAUCAAAGGAAAAAACCGAAUCUAAGAGCUUUGAAAGCAUCCCUGGACCCAAAGGGCUUCCAAUCGUAGGCACGUUAUUCGAUUACUUGAAGAAAGACGGUCUAAAAUUCAGUAAAAUGCACGAGGCUUAUCAAAAAAGAGCUAUAGACUUCGGUCCUAUUUACAAAGAAAAGAUCGCAACAAUAAACACUGUUGUUAUAAGUGAUCCAGAAGAAUACAGCAAAGUGAUUCGCUCUGAGGGAAAAUACCCACAACGCCGCCCGAUGGAACCUAUUGCAUACUAUAGAGAACAAAAAGGGCUAGGUCUUGGUUUGGUCAAUGAUCAAGGGGAAGAAUGGUACAAGUUAAGAACCGUCACCGCCCCAAAAUUGCUGAAAAUGAAAGAAGCACUGGACUUCUGUGUUCCCAUGAGCCAUGUAGGGAAUGACUUUGUUGACCAUCUGAAAUCUGUGAGACAAGAAAACAAUGAAAUUGUUGGUUUAGAAAAGGAGUUGUUUAAAUGGGCAUUUGAAUCAAUUGGUACAUUUUUGUUUGAGGAACGUGUCGGGUGUUUCUCAGACCCCACACCAAAACAUGCAAAAGAAUUCAUCGAUCAUCUACAAGAAUUCUUCAAAUAUUUACAACCACUUAUGUACAACGUACCUUUAUACAGAAUAUACCGCACGAAACUGUGGAAAAAGUUCGAAUUCCACGCAGAUAAAGUUUUCGAACUUGGCCAUUACUUCAUUGAAAAGAAAGUAAAAGAUUUAUCAACUACACAAGGGCUAGAGGGCGAUGAGUCAGAAAGUGUCCCGUUUCUUACCUACAUGUUAUCGCAGAAAUCAUUAACAAAAGACGAGGCUGUUUCUACAUGUGUUGACCUCCUAACGGCCGCCACUGAAACCACAUCAAAUGCAAUGUUGUGGAGCUUAUACUCGUUGGCAAAACACCCAGAAGUUCAGGAAAAACUUUACCAAGAGACAAUGAAUACUGUAGGAGACAGCACUGAAAUAAAUCCUGAAAAUAUUUCCAAUCUCACAUACGUUAAAGCGUUCAUUAAAGAAACGUUUAGAACUUACCCAAUCACGUGGGCUACCAGUAGAAUAACACAGGAAGAUAUGGAGAUUGGAGGACAUCAUAUACCAGCAAAUACUCACGUACAGGCCAAUCUAUUCGGUAUGUUCCGGGAUGAGAAUUUAUUUCCGGAAAAUGACCAAUUCAAACCAGAAAGAUGGAUGAGAGAAAACAAGAUGGACGCACAGCUUAAAAGUCUAUCAAAUCUUAUCUGGGGUCACGGUGCAAGAAUGUGCAUAGGCAGACGUUUUGCCGAACAAGAACUACACAUAAUUCUAACAAAGAUUGUACAGAACUUCAAAAUAGAAUACGACCACGAACCAAUCGAACCCGUUUUGAACACUGUGAUGACCCCUGACAGGCCACUCGUCCUCAAGUUUAUACCCAGAUCCUAGCUUGGUAGAACACUUAAAUUAAUUACCUAAACUCAACUGAAUGUGAUAUCCGAAUUACUCUGUGUUAAUUUCCGGUACGCAGUGCAACCACGGCCAGCACGGAAGUGACGUAACAUUAGACGGACAAUGAAUUAUAAUCGGAAAACAAAAAAUAUAACUUUACAACACAUUAAUUCGUUUGGUUCAUAUUUUAUUUUACAAGAAACACAAAGAUUUUUUACAGAAUUUACUCCUGAAAAUGCUGUUAAAUUUUUGGAAGAACAUCAACGGACAAUAACAACGUUCCUACAAAUAUUUUAUCAGUUUUUUACAUCAUUGACCAAGACGUCAUGAUUUUUUUAUAUAUGCAUGUACCAUGUAAUCGAUACAUGUCAGGCAUUAUU